AUUACAUUACAUGUAACCAAGAACCCACACACUCUCUCUGCAUCUCUCCCAAUCCUCCUCCUCGUUCUCAUUUCUCAACCUCACCCCCACAGUAAAAGACCUGCCUUUUCUUUCUUUUUUUUUAUAAUUAAAGAGGGAUACAUAGAUAGAUACAGCAGGAGGAGGGUUCUUGAUUCGUCUUUAUUAGAAAAAGAAACCAGCACUUAUAUAUAUACACACAGAUCGACUGAUUGAUAGAUAUAGAUACAGAUAGAUAGAUAGAUAUAGUUGCAGGUAAGGUGGAUCUGAAGAAAAUGGGAAUAAUAGAUCCGAGGCAGAUAGUUGCAGGGGUGCUCACAGUCACCAUGUUUCUAAUGCUUGGCAACAUGAUUAAGCGUGAACACUUUGACGCUCCUGUCUCUCAUCAUGUCAACCAUGCUGGAUCCACCCAAAGUGUUGAGGAUUCAGAGAAAAGCCUCGCAUUUGAUUCGGCUGGCGAUGAUCCUUGGAAGGAGGAAGAUACUGCUCUCAAGCCUUGCUGGUCUAAACCAGAUUUGGAAGAGGUAGAAGAAUCUAAAGGAUUCGUCACUUUCUCAUUAACCAAUGGACCCGAAUACCAUGUCUCCCAGGUUACUGAUGCAGUAGUAGUGGCAAGAUACCUAAGGGCGACACUCGUGAUUCCAGACAUAAGGGGAAGCCAACCUGGUGAUCGGAGGAACUUUGGAGAUAUUUAUGAUAUUGAGAAGUUUAUAAGUAGCCUGGAUGGAGUGGUGAAAGUAGUAAAAACUCAGCCUUCUGAGAUAACAUCAAAAAAUCUUGCUGUUCUAAGGAUUCCUAAUCGAGUGACAGAAGACUACAUUUCAGAAAAUAUCGAACCAGUUUUUAGAAGCAAGGGAAAUGUAAGGCUGGCAACAUACUUCCCUUCUGUGAACAUGAAAAAGGGCAAGAGCGAACAAGAGAAAGAGAGAAAUUCAGUCGGAUGCUUAGCCAUGUUUGGAAGUCUUGAGCUACAACCAGAAGUUCAGGAAGUUGUUGACUCGAUGGUGGAGCGGCUGAAAACACUGAGUCGGAAAUCUGAUGGGCAGUUUGUAGCAGUUGACUUGAGGCUCGAUAUGUUGGAUAACAAGGGUUGCCAAGGGAAUGGUGACGGUUCAAAAAAAUGUUAUGACCCACAAGAAAUUGCGGUGUUCUUAAAGAAGCUCGCGUUUGACAAGAACAGUGCCAUAUAUCUGACCCAAUCGCGGUGGGAUAGCAGCCUGGAUUCCAUGAAAGACCUCUUCCCAAAAACUUACACGAAGGAAGGGAUUAUGCCAAUGGAAAAGAAGCCAAAAUUCCUGGGAUCGGAUUCUUCAGAGUACGAGAAGGUGAUAGAUUUCUACAUAUGUUCACAAAGUGACGUUUUUGUACCAGCAAUAUCCGGGUUGUUUUAUGCAAACGUUGCUGGUAAGAGAAUAGGUUCAGGGAAGACUAAGAUACUGGUUCCUGCAAACAUUCCUCCCGAUGCCUCUGCUUCUGUGGGGAAUUACAUUUCGCGUUAUGUAUCAAAGAAGAACCACAUGGCGUAUUCGUGUUUCUGCUAAAACGCUAUCCAUAUGAGAUAAUAAAUGCUUGAGACUUGUUUUAGUUUUCAUUAGAGGUUGAGUUUCAUAUAUUUAUAAAAAGGGACAAUGACAAUGUGUUAGCAUUCGAAUUUUGUAACUCUAGCAAACACUUGUGCUGCUUGAAGCCAAAGAAUCAAACUGAAACAGAAAACGGUUAUCC